AUGUACCAAAUGUCGAGAAUAGGGCCUGGACCAGCCGGCUAUAAACUUCCACCUCUGGUUGGAUACGAAAAACACGGCUGCAAUAAGGAGCGUAAACCAAUGUAUACCAUGAGAACUCGGCCGACAACCUUAUACAACACACUUGGGCCCGGUCCUGCUAGAUACACUGUAGGAAAACUAACGAAGGAUGGAGCUCCACACAGUCCGAAGUAUUCUUUGGGUAAAAGAUUUAAUAUGUUUGCUGCGGAUAAAACUCCUGGACCUGGGGCGCAUAACAACGAGAAAGUUCCAUCUAUGAAGGGGAACAAGGCGCCAGCUUAUACAUUUGGGCAACGUUUUCAGCUCGCAAAUAACGAUAGAGUUCCUGGUCCGGAUAGAUACUCGUAUAACUUGAACGUUUACAAAACUCGUAACCCUGCGUAUAGUAUGAGAGAACGGACUAAGCUACCUCAUUCUCUGGAUAGUCCAGGUCCGAACAAGUACAAAGCGAUGGACCGCAAUCUUACCCAUAAACGGAAUCCGAUUUACUCCAUGCGAGGAACAUAUCCAAUACAAGACAAGAGAGUUUCACCAGCUCCAAACCGCUAUGGGUUGAUGAAUGUCAAACCUGGCGUAUCCGCUCCGCAGUAUUCGUUUGGUACAAAACAUUCCAUGUGGAGACCGCCAAUGGUCAUACCCGGAGACAAUUGCUAA